AUGGCAGACACUCCUCUCGCAUCGCUUUCUUUGACCCAUGUGCAUUAUGAUCCCAACGACCCCGUAUCCUACUUCUGCGCCUGGCUCGCACUUGUCCCUCAGGGGCUCUGCGUCGUAUAUGCUACCCUCAUCUGGUCGACACGCGAAAUCGAAAUCCUUCUCAUGUUCGGCGGGCAAUUGGCAUGUGAGGCUCUAAAUUUCGCUCUGAAGCGCGCGUUGAAGGAGGAAAGGCCAACGAAAAUGCACGGAAAAGGGUAUGGGAUGCCAUCCUCUCACGCCCAAUUUGUCGUCUUCUUCUCAAUCAGCAUCACGCUGUUCCUACUAUUCAGACAUGUACCGAAACCGCCGACGCCUUCGCAUACACCGUUGAGUUUAGGAGCUCGUGUCAUGGUCUCUGGAUUGGCUCUGGCAAAUGCGGGACUGGUUGCUUGGAGCAGGAUAUAUUUAAGCUAUCAUACGCCCAAGCAGGUCAUCGUUGGAUGUGCCGCAGGUAUAGCAAGUGCGAUGCUGUGGUUUCUAGUCACAAGUAUUGUCAGGAAGACCGGGCUGCUGUCGUGGGCCUUGGAGCAACCUAUUAUGCGACUGUUCAGGAUGAGGGAUCUUGUUGUUGAGGAAGAUUUAUGCCAGGCUGGCUGGGAGAAAUGGGAAGCAAGGAGCACAUCGUCCAGCACCAACGGCAAGAAAACCAGAUAG